AUUUGCUACUCAUUUUGAUUCUGGGACUCAGUCGGUAAUUUAAAAGUUAAAGCGCUAAUUAAAUUGUUUUCCUCCAUAUCUCAUUUAAAAAUGCAGUUACUUCCGUUGGAACAAUUGAUGAGUUUGUUACUUCCGUGGAGUUCAACGCUUGUUCCUUUGUCGUGGGGAAAUUUGAUGUCUGAUUCGAAUUCAACUAUUGCCAAGUUCUAUCCAUCAAUGUGCAAAGGAUCCGCCUUGCCGUUUCUCGACGAGGAUUUGAUGAAGGAUGCCGUUAAGGCCGUUUAUGACCAGUUGACCGAUGAAGAGAAAGAGAGAAAUACAGAUACAGAGAAAUACAGACAAGUGACAAAUUACUUGUUGCUGGGCAAUACCAUAAGGGCUACACCUUUUUGCGUCGUUUACUAG